AUCUUUCAAAGAACAGAUUUACUGAAAUUCCUCCUGAUGUCUGGCUAUUUGCACCACUGGAAACGUUAAAUUUGUAUCAUAACUGUAUCAAAUCCAUUCCAGAAUCUAUUAAAAACCUGCAAAUGCUUACCUACCUUAACAUUAGUCGAAAUCUUUUAUCAACGUUGCCAAAAUACCUGUUUGAUCUUCCACUUAAAGUUCUGGUUGUCAGUAAUAAUAAGCUCGUCUCCAUUCCAGAAGAAAUCGGAAAGUUGAGAGACCUAAUGGAGUUGGAUAUUAGUUGCAAUGAACUUCAGGUUCUUCCGCAGCAGAUAGGAAAAUUGCAGUCACUUAGAGAAUUAAACAUAAGAAGAAAUAAUCUCCAUAUGUUGCCAGAUGAGUUAGGAGACCUUCCCUUGGUAAAGCUGGAUUUUUCUUGUAAUAAAAUUACAGAAAUCCCGAUUUGUUACAGAAAGUUACGUCACUUACAAGUUAUAGUUUUGGAUAACAAUCCAAUGCAGAUACCACCAGCACAGAUAUGUUUAAAGGGUAAAGUACAUAUAUUUAAAUUCCUCAGCAUUCAGGCAUGCCUCAGAAUAGAUAAAAAACCGGAUUCUUUGGAUCUUCCAUCAUUAGGUAAACGAAUCCCCUCCCAGCCACUCACAGACAGCAUGGAGGACUUUUAUCCCAAUAAAAAUCAUGGACCAGACUCUGGCAUCGGAAGUGAUAAUGGGGAUAAAAGGUUGUCCACAACAGAACCAUCUGAUGAUGAUACAAUCAGCCUUCACUCCCAGGUAUCAGAAUCAACUAGGGAACAGACAUUAAGAAAUGACAAUCAUGUAAUGGGAAGUAAACUCGAUCCACAGAAAGACCAGGAGGUGUAUGAUUACAUUGAUCCAAAUGCAGAAGAAGGAGCCGUUCCUGAGCAAGAUGUACAGAUUGGACCAUUGCUGUCUUAUAUUAAGGAACGGGGAAAACAUCCUGAGAAAUGCCAGAAAAUAGAACAGAAUGAGGACUGGGGAGAGGAAAAAAGACUUCAGAAAGAACAGCUACUGACUGAAGACGAUGAUGAACUCAAAGAAGUGACUGACUUGAGAAAAAUAGCAGCUCAGUUACUGCAGCAAGAACAAAAACACAGGCUUCUUAAUCAUUCAGUUUCAGUAAGCACAAGGAACAGGCCGAAGCAGCCAAUGGAAUCUGAAAAAUGUGUCUCAACAGACGAAGUGAGUUCCCCAGUGUCCCCAUACAGCUGGCAGCCACUGGAAAACCAGAAAGAUUCAAUGAAUGAGCAGCAUUGGCCAGAAACACAGCCAGUGAUUUGGCAGAAUGAAGAAAGAAGGAGAAGUAAACAAAUUAGAAAAGAGUAUUUCAAGUAUAAGUCUUCCAGAAAGAGUUCAAGUGGAAAUGAAAAUGAUGAGCAAGACAGUGAUAAUACUAAUGUGUCCCCACAGUCUCCUGUGUCGUCUGAGGAUUAUGAAAGGACAGAUAGUAACACUCAUGGUCCAUUUGGUCUCAAACCAAGGUCAGCUUUCAGCCGUGCAUCUCGCCAGGACUAUGGUGCAGUGGAUCCUGGAUUUACAAUGAGGAGGAAAAUGGAGCAUUUAAGGGAAGAAAGGGAACAAAUAAGACAGCUUCGCAAUAAUCUUGAAUCAAGGUUAAAAGUAAUUUUGCCAGACGACAUUGGAGCAGCACUGAUGGAUGGAGUAGUUCUUUGCCAUUUAGCCAAUCACAUAAGGCCACGUUCUGUUGCCAGCAUUCAUGUACCAUCGCCAGCAGUGCCUAAACUCAGUAUGGCAAAGUGCCGAAGAAAUGUUGAAAACUUUCUUGAUGCUUGCAAAAAAUUGGGCGUUCCACAGGAGAGACUUUGCUUGCCUCAUCACAUUCUGGAGGAAAGGGGUCUGGUGAAGGUUGGCCUCACAGUUCAAGCUCUGCUUGAAUUGCCAACUUUGAAAGUAUCUCAGCUUUCUUCCAUGUGA